GCGGGCAGCGGCCCUCGAGGAAGACGGAUGGGGUGAGAGACAGCGCGAGGUCCAGCUGUCAGCGCGGCCUCAGCCCCGCCGCGGAGGGAGCCCCUCCUUCCCGCGGCUGUGCGCUCCUUGCCCGCGGGGAACCAUGGCGUCCAGCGAGGAGGACGGGAGCGGCAACGGCUCCUUGGAGGAGAAGGAGAACGGCAAGAAGAGGAGCCUGGGCGCCCUGGCCACGGCCUGGCUCAUCUUCUACAACAUCGCCAUGACCGCGGGGUGGUUGGUAUUGGGUAUUGCCAUGGCACGAUUUUAUAUCCAGAGAGGAACACACAGAGGUUUAUUCAGAAGCGUGCAAAAGAUACUUAAAUUUUUCCAGACAUUCGCUUUGCUUGAGGUAGUCCACUGUGCAGUUGGAAUAGUUCACACAUCUGUGCUUGUGACUGGGGUCCAAGUGAGUUCAAGAAUCUUCAUGGUGUGGUUCAUUGCGCAUAGUAUAAAACAGAUCCAGAAUGAGGAGAGCGUUAUUCUUUUUCUGGUCGUAUGGACUGUGACAGAGAUUACUCGAUAUUCCUUCUACACAUUCAACCUGCUCAACCAUUUGCCAUACUUCAUUAAAUGGGCCAGAUACAACUUUUUUAUCAUUUUGUAUCCUGCUGGAGUUGUGGGUGAAUUGCUGACUAUAUAUGCUGCUUUACCUUAUGUCAAGAAAACAGGGAUGUAUUCAUUGAGACUCCCCAACAAAUACAAUGUCUCCUUUGACUACUAUUACUUCCUUAUUAUUGUCAUGUUCUCCUAUAUACCAUUAUUUCCACAACUCUACUUACACAUGCUGCGGCAGAGAAGAAAGGUGCUUCAUGGAGAAGUGAUUGUAGAAAAGGACGAUUGAAUCGAGCCAUGUAAUUAUGGUGCUUUUAAUGGAAAAACAAGGGUAAAAAAACAAAACUUCCUGUGAUUUUUCUGAGUCCAAGUUUUGAAACAUGGAACAAGAAUAAACAACUGUGUAUGAAAUAACAUGGACUGUAUUAUUUAUGCCAUUAAUAUAUCAUCAGAUUACCUUUUCAUUUCUGGUUUAACUUUGAUUUUUAAUUGUUUAUUUCUUCAAACAUAUUGUUUUCUUAUUUUCAAUAGGCUGACAAAUAGCUUUAACAAAUUGAAUAGUUGGCUAAUGUGCUUUCUAUUGUGAAAGGCUUGUUAUGACCUGUAAUCCUCAUCAAGAACAGAAGGAGAGUUGAUGAGCUGUACUGAAAGCGUAUCUUCUGGAAAACAGAGCAUAAACUAGGUAAUGAUGUGUUUCGUAGACUAGGGGGCUUAAAUGUUAUUUAAGUUGUACUUUAAAUUAUACCUUUACAGUUGUAAGUACUGUUAGCGUGUUGCUCAACAUUCUUUGAAUUACAAGAUCACACUAUAGAAUUCCAGAAGGAUUUUUGACAGGAGGUGAAUCCUUGACUGUCACUGCAAGUUUGGAUCUCUCUGUAUUUUCAUUUCUAAUUGAAAAGAAAUGUCAAACAGUAGAUACAGUAUUAUCUGAUUGAAAGCUUAUGCUGAGGAGUGACCAUGACCAGUCUUUCCAUGGUCAGUGGCUGGAACAGGAGUCAUAUGCAGAGGAAGACUCAUUGUCAGCAUGCUUCCUAUUCUACUUUUAAUUAUAUUUGCGGAAAAAUGAUGGUAUGGCAUUUAGAACCUGUAGUUAUAGUGAGAUAUUUUUACUUCCCAUAAUUAGCUAAGAGGCAGAAAAUAUAUUUGAAAUAGUACCUUAAAAUAUAAACUGUGCUUUGAAUCAUACCAUCUUGUAAUUUUAAUUGCUCCCUCCCCAUUAAUUGUUUAUAAUGGAAUUAUGUAAUGCUAAUUAACAUCCUCAGUAAUAUGCAAGAGGUUCUACAGCAUAUUAAUAAACGUUACAGAUGACGCUGUAUGGUACCUGAGUGGGAGAAGUCCAAUGAAUGGAUUGUAUAUAGGCAGGAAUUGGACACCACAUAAGAGAACCAAAGCAAACAUGAUGCAUUUGGGGAAAUGUGGAUACUUAGUGAGAGAGAGAGAAGAUUGAAAAGUAAUAAUGUAAUCAGAAGACUUAAUGGAACAGGCAACAAUAUUGCUUCCAGAUUCAGUGAUGUCAAAAGAAGAGGACGUUACAUGCAGAAGAGGUGCAUCAGGCAGCUGGAAAUCAGAAUACUCCUGAGACUGCUGAGGUCAUUUCUAGAGUACUGGUUUAUAUUUGGAGUAGCUUGGGAGUGAGGACUAGAGUCAAUCUUCAAAGAAAAGAUCAGAAAAUGGAAAAAAAAAAAUUAGUUGAAGUAUGAAGGAAGGCAGAAAGGUUGAGACAUUAAGUAUGUAUAACUUCUUGUUGUGUGACAAAUACAAGUAAAAA